AUGGCCAACAAAAACUGCUCACUUCACUUAGCUCUUAUCGUGGCUUGCAUGGUCACCAUGACAGCGACGGUAGCCGAAAUGCGCAUGAUGACGAAGACUAUACCUUGGUCAUCAUGCAAUGGGACGAUAGGGGAGUGCAUAGAAGCAAAGAAGAAAUUUGAGAUGGAUUCAGAGAGCAACAUGAAGAUAUUUGAAUCAAAGAACAAGGUGAUAGGAAACGGUGCAAUAGGGAGGAAUGGAAUUCCAUGCUCGAAGAAAGAUAAUACCACCAAGAAUUGUAGACCGGGUACUCCUGCCAACCGAUACAACCGUGGCUGCAGUCCCAUUACUCGAUGCAGGGGUGGUGGUGGUGGCGGCGGCGGUAGCCCCCCUCAUGGUUAA